GGAAGAAGGAGUGGGGGGCCUAGAAAUCGACGCGGGGUGUUGUAAAAGCGAGGAAGGGACGGACGGUGGGAUGGCGCGUGCAUUUUAGGGCUCCCCUUCAACUUCAUUAUUAUUGCUAUCCCUUCCACUGCACUACUACUACUACUCUGCCACUUCUUCUUGCUCCCACAUCGACACUUGAUUCCACCAGAAGGAUGGGCAAAACGGAGAGGGAGCUCAUCGGCUCCAUCGAUGCCGGGACCACGUCUGUUCGUUUCAUGAUCUUUAAUCAGUUUGCGGAAGUCGAGGCAUGGUGCGGCAAGGAGUUCACGCAGUACUUUGAGAAGCCUGGAUGGCAGGACCAGGAUCCCCACGAGAUUAUCGACCGCGUCAACGAGUGCAUCGAACAGGCAGUCGAGGAGCUGGAGGCAAAGGGAGACUACAAGCGGGAGGACAUCAAGGUGAUCGGCGUCACCAACCAACGCGAGACGACAGUCGUCUGGGACAAGGACACAGGGAAAGCACUGCACAGGGCCAUCGCCUGGCCCGAUGCAAGAACCACGCCAACGGUUAACGAGCUGGCCAAGAAGCAUCCUAAAGGUCUUCACGCUCUGAAGGAAGAGACGGGCCUUCCACUCUCCACCUACUUUGCUGCGGUCAAGCUCCGAUGGCUGCUUGACAAUGUUCCCGAGGUGAAGAAGGCCCAUGACGAGAAGCAAAUGAAAUUCGGCACAAUCGACUCGUGGCUCCUUUACAACCUUACUGGCCGGGCAGUCCACAUCACUGAUGCCUCCAAUGCUUCAAGGACAAUGCUCAUGGACCUACGCAAGCAGGCCUGGGAUCCAAAGCUAUGCGAAUUCUUUGGCGUGGAUCCAGACAUUCUCCCAGAGAUCAAGAGCUCGUGCGAGAUCUACGGGACCAUCGCAAGUGGUCCUUUGAAGGGUGUCGAAAUCGCCGGCAUCGUCGGGGACCAAAUGGCCGCACUUAUUGGGCAAAAGGCCCUUAAUCCAGGGGAGGCAAAGAACACUUAUGGCACUGGCGCCUUUCUAUUGUACAACACGGGGAACAAGAUCGUCAACUCAGAACACGGCCUCCUCUCGACGAUUGCGUACCAGCCAGGGCCUGGGCUCAAGCCUGUGUAUGCGCUUGAAGGUUCUAUCGCGGUUGCUGGCUCAGCCGUCAAGUGGCUUCGUGACAGCCUAGGACUGAUCAAAGAGGCGCCCGAAAUUGGCAAAGAGGCUGCCAAAGUCGAAGACUCUGCAGGCGUCUACUUUGUCACAGCCUUUGCAGGCCUGUUGUCGCCUGUGUGGGAUUCCAACGCGCGCGGGACAAUCAUUGGCCUGACAGGUUUCACAACAAAGGCUCACAUCUGCCGUGCCACACUCGAGGCCGUCUGCUAUCAGACCGAGGCCGUGCUACAUGCCAUGGCGCAGGAGAGCGGCGUCAAGGUCAAAGAGCUCUGCGUCGAUGGUGGCAUGGUCGACUCGGACCAAUGCAUGCAGAUCCAAGCCGACAUCCUGGGCAUCACCGUCUCGAGGCCCCAGAUGCGAGAGUCGACGGCGUUGGGCUCGGCACUGCUUGCCGGCGCGGCUAAAGGCAUGUUUGGAUGGAAGAUGGAUGAUGCAAAGACGUUUGACAGGGUCAAUGCACAGAACAAGGACCACUUUAAGCCUAAGAUCUCUGAAGAAAAACGCAUGAAGAUGAUUAGAGGCUGGGCCAGGGCUGUAGAGCGCGCCAAGGGAUGGGUAAAGGACGAUGGGGCGAUCUGACUGUUCUCAAGACGGAGGGGCGACCGAGAGAGUUUUUCUUUGCUUUUGCAAAUAUUGCGCCAGGCAUCAUACCACCCUUGCGCUUCGCACGCAUGCAUGUACAAAGGAAGAUCGAGUGUGAAGUAGCUUGAGCUAUAUUUUAGUAAGGAAUCGCAACAUCCGAUAGACGGCC